AUGCAGGGAGACCUCACCGAUGUCCUGGUCAGCAUCCACCUCGGGGAAAUCGUCGUCGUCGUCGUCAUCGUCGUCGGCCUCAUCCCUUACUUCAUCCAUGAAGCUGAAGUCCAUACAGCAUUUGCCACAGAUAACAAGGCCAUGCGGGCCGCAGACGAUGCGCCCGUCUGGAAGCUCGCAAGGACCUUCGUCGUCAUCGCUGCUGUGUUCACCAAGUGGGAUCAGGCCCUGUCCGAGAUAGUAGCCGCGUGGCAUCUUGUGAUCCAGUCGUAG